GGUUGGUUCGUUUGGAGCUUGCUGUAGAGAGGGUUCGUGGCUUAUUUGGCGUCGAGGGGGGAAAGAAGUAGUAGAAACGGUCUUUGCCUUUCUACACUUCGUGUUGCCAUUGGCCUCCCUUCAUUAUAUGGUUUCCUCACAAAUAAAUCCUACUGACCUAAUUUGAGACAUUUGAGAAUUGGAAAGAUGCUGUUCAGAUCAAAUACUUUACUGAACAGAAGAACUGUGCUAAUGGAAGCCAAGAAAUUAAGCAAUCCUCAUACUGUAGCAAAUCCUUAAAGAAAAGUGUUAAUGGAUCAACAAGAAAAGCUGCUGUCUUAUAAUGGGGAGCUUCUUAUUUUCCAGCUGUCAAAAGGAAAAUCCUCAGGGGAUAGCAACACCAACUUAUGUGUCAGAAGAUUGAUGUUCACUAGUGGUACAAAAUUGUUUGCUGAGAAGGAUGUUGCAUCAUUUAGCAUGUGUGAGGAAGGUGUUGAGAUGAUUUGUUGCAGCUGUGUAUCUGACUUCAGAACAGGAAUUCUUCUCCCUUGUAUUCUAAUGAAAAAGACAAAAAAGAAGAGUAUUAAAUAUAUUUUACUGCUGCUUCAUAACUUUAACAAAUUUGAGCCUGUCUUGCAUUUUAAACUAGACUAUGAACUGAACGAAUACAUAAAGCUACUUGCUGGUCCAACAGUCUUAUGGAGUUAUGCAAAAAAAAUCUUUUAUAUUUCUCCUCAAACUUGCACUGUAUUAUGUGCUCCUAUUCAGUUUUCUUCCAUCAAAUGGGUGGGUGAGAUUAAAGGUGAGGGUAUUGUUGUUUUUGGAACAAGAGCUCUUUGUUUGCCAGAGGCAGAUGAUGGGGGGAAAGUUCCUGAAUCAGAGGUGCUCAUCUGGGGUAGCGAGUGCCUUGCUUAUGCUCUGGAGAAACAGAAAGCACUAACUGGUAUCAGUUUUCUGCCACAUGCUUACAGCAGCGUGGUAUCUUGUAUACACAUCCGCAGAGCUGAGGAAGUGAAAAAUAAGUUCAGGACCUCUGUUGUUGCAGUCACAUGCAAAAGCCAAUUAAUUGUGUUCCAAGAUGGACUGCCCAAAGAUGUCCAGCAGCUUCCAUAUGAAAAACCCUCUUCCAUACAAAUAGCUGCAGUAGAAGGAUGUAACGAAUUGGUGGUGGUGUCAUUUUCGUCAGGAGAGGUGUGUUCUAUAUGGAAAGAAAGUUUGCAGGUUGCUUCUUGCUGGCAAAAUGUGAGCUCUGUUCUGGUAGAUGACUUUGUUGGCAUCGGAACUGAUCAAGUCUUAGUGCUUCCAAAGACUGGGUCUAUUUCAGGAAAUUUAAGUACCUUCCAACUAACAGAUCUUGGAAAAUAUAAUUAUGUGAGUAACAUCAGCUAUGAUAGCGACUCCUCUUCUGCAGAAGAAAUGCAAGAGAAUCGCUUUCUUACCAUCAAAGCACUUGAAGCAAGAUUACAGGCUGGCUUUGCUUCUGUUCAAGAGUUGCAGCAGCAAUUACAGCUCAAAGAAAGAGUUCUGAGGAAAAGUUGUGGAGCACUGAUAGACCUAGUUCAAGGUCGAGAACAUAGUUUUCCAAGUGCAGAAAAGGAAGGUCUUGUUUCUUUGUGGGAUGAAACUUGGAAGCCUUUUGAUAAUGGCAUAUCAACACCGUCUGAAGACCAAGAACAAUUUGUAGAGGAAAUUUGGUACCGUGUGGUGGAUGACAGCUUAGUAGUUGGAGUAAAACUAAUUGAAUCAUUUGACUUGCAGCUCAGUGAUGUCACUUUAUCACUAGUAAUGGACCAUAAAUACCCUUCAUUCUUUGUGACUAAGUGCCAGUGCAGCAUAUUUAAAUUGAAGAAAGCCCCACUGACAGAGUCUACAUCACACUGGCAAUUGGAACCACUGCCUAAAAGGAUGAAGUUGGAUUGCUGUAGUGGAAAAGAAUGCCAUGGGGUUGCUUCUUGGUUGAAGGCAGACAGGACAGAAGCAUUGACUGCAGUUACUGCUUUAUCCCCUUUCUUGGCGGUCCAUCGAGUGUGGUGUAGAGUCCUGUUGCAUGCAAAGGAAAGACAUUGUAAAGAUGAAAAGUUCCAGAGAAACAAAUCGCUAACUUUAUCAUGUGGGAAAAUUUUAUUAAGUUUGGAGGAAAUUUCCACUGGGAAACACUCCAUAGACCUUAAAGAUUCCAAAUAUGCAGCUUUAAGAUCCAUGAAAGAUAUUGUUGCUCUUUGUGCAGUAUCUCACAAAAUGUCCUUUCAAAUCAUCUCCCGUGACUGCACACUGACUCAUGUGAACACGUGGCUGCUGGAACAAAUGGAGUGUGUAUCGCUUGAGGAAUACCCUAAUUUUAAAUUCUGCUGUAAAUCUGGAAGUCUGAAUGGUACGCUCUUCAGGUGGAAUUUAGAAACACCAUUUGAAGGAACUUUAACAGUCUUUUGCAGACACCAGACCAUCUUGUUCCAGUGUCUUCAUGACCUCUUUGGAUUACUACCACCAGCUUGUAAGAUAAAACCUUUAAGGGUAGGAAGGAGAAAAGUACUUGCUGAGCAGCUUGCUCUAGCUUUAGAAAAGGAAAUGAUCUUUCUCUGGCAUUCACUUUCCUCAGAUUUAUGCAAAACUGAAAACAACUUGUCUCUGGAUGAUGAUGAAGACAAAGAAACAGACAGUGCCUCUACAGUGCAACAAUUCAGAGAGGCAUUUAAAAAAGAGCAAAAGCAAAGCAUGCUGGGUACAAACCAAACAGUGGGUGGUACUUCCUACAGAAGAAUUAUUUUGAAUGUAGCUGAAGCUCAGCUGAAUUCUGACACAAUUACCUGGCAAUGCUCUUCUCUCUAAGUUUAGUUUCAGUGAUUUUUAAAAAUUAAAAAGUACACAAUGAUUCUUUAUAGGCUUACAUUUUAUGAUGAAAAUGACCUCUUGGUGUUGUAAUGUCUAUUCAUAAAGUGAUCAGUUGCAAGAAAAUUCUAUUGCUAAUAUUCAAAGAUAAUGGGUGAACUUCUGUUUGGGUUAAACAAAAGUAUACUUGCCAGUGUGAGUACUCCUCUAGUAUUUUGUAUUCCCUACUGUACUUGUGUAUCUCUGCAUAAAACAAUGGAUUGGUAGUCUUUGAAGUGAGAAGAGAGGGGAAGGGAGCCUGGCAAAACAAGUGCCAUUGUAAGGGCUGUCAAAUACUCAGCUAUACAUCUGUUUUCCAAGUAUACCGUGGCACACUAGAUGCAGUGGUGGCACAUUGUUUGCACUGCUGUAGGUUCCCAAGGCUUUAGGGUACCACACAGCUAAAAAAAUUAAAAUAUCCUGCUGCGAGUAUUUACAACAGGGCAUGUACUAUAUUCCUUUAUGCAAUGGAAUGCAUUUAGAAACAGCUAUGCUUGGGGGGGGGGGGUCCCCUUUUUUCCUGUCUGCACACAAAAGGGCUUCCUACUGCAAUUUGUUGAGAUAAUUUGUCAAAGCAAGAAUAAUUCAUUGUUCGAAGUACAUGGAGGACUCUGUUGAAAUUUACUCUUCCAGUUAGUGCAGUGCACUGUGGAGGUAGUCUUGGAUACUAAAUGUUGUAGGUGGCUACUGGCAUUAUGUUUAGGUAUGUUGAAUGGAGCCCACCACCAUUGUUGAAACCUACAGAAUUAAUUGAAUUAAAAGGUAUCAAAGACAUCUUCCAUGCUAUGCAGAAACAUUUUUUAUACUGUUUAAAAUCACCAGUGGUCAACAAAGCUCUCACUAUCCUAAUGUUGAUGGUUUUUUUAUUCAUUCUCCUGCAUUUUUUAUUAUCUCUACUUUUUAGCUGUCAAAAUAUUAUAGUAGAAAUUGAACUUAAUCAUGCUAUGAUUCCAGCCGUAGCGCACUUACGUACUGGUAGAAUACCGCAUCUAGCCACAGGCACAUAUGUUUCCAAAUAUCAUUUAGAUGUGAUUAUUGUUGGUUGGCCUUCACCAAAUCACAGUGUUUUAACCAAACCUACCUCACAAGGUUGUUAUGAAGAUAAGUUUGUAAACCACUUUUUAUGUGGCAAAGUGCAGAAAAGUGCUGAUGGUUGAAUGUACAGGCUGUCUUAAUAUGUUUCUCACACUUUCGAUAUUUGUACAUUUAUUAAAGACUGAA